AUGAGCUGGGCUUUGGAAGAGUGGAAAGAAGGCCUGCCUAUAAGAGCUCUGCAGAAAGUUCAAGAGCUUGAAGGACAGCUCAACAAACUGAAGAAAGAAAGGCAGCAAAGGCAGUUUCAGCUUGAAACUCUGGAGGCUGCACUACAGAAGCAAAAACAGAAGGUUGAAAAUGAAAGAACUGAGAGCACAAACCUCAAAAGGGAGAAUCAAAACUUGAUGGAAAUAUGUGAAAAUCUGGAGAAAGCUAAGCAGAAGAUUUCUCAUGAACUUCAAGUCAAGGAGUCACAAGUGAAUUUUCAGGAAGGACAACUGAAUUCAAGCAAAAAACAAAUAGAAAAACUGGAACAGGAACUUAAAAGGUGUAAAUCUGGACUUGAAAGAAGCCAACGAGCAGCACAGUCGGCAGAUAUCUCUGCAACACAGAAUUCAUGCAACACACCACAAGAGAUUUUUACAACUCCACUAACACCAAGUCACUAUUAUAGGGGUUCCAAGUAUGAAGAUUUAAAAGAAAAAUAUGAUAAAGAAGUUGAAGAACGAAAAAGAUUAGAGGCUGAGGUUAAAUCCUUGCAGGCAAAGAAAACAAGCCAGGCUAUUCCCCAAACCACCAUGAAUCACCGAGACAUUGCUAGGCAUCAGGCUUCAUCCUCUGUGUUCUCAUGGCAACAGGAGAAGACCCCAAGUCGAAUUUCAUCUGAUUCUCAAAGAACUCCAAUUAGGAGAGAUUUCUCCACAUCUCAGUUUUUUGGAGAACAGGAGGUGACUCCGAGUAGAUCCGGUUUGCAAACAGGGAAAAGAGAUGCUAGUAGCAGUUUCUGUGAUAAUUCUAGCAGUUCUCAUCCUUUGGAUCAGUUAAAAGCCCAGAAUCAAGAGCUAAGAAGCAAGAUUAAUGAAUUGGAAUUACAUCUACAAGGACAAGAAAAAGAAAUGAAAGGCCAAGUGAAUAAAUUUCAAGAACUACAACUCCAGCUGGAGAAAGCAAAAGUAGAAUUAAUUGAAAAAGAGAAAGUUUUGAACAAAAGCAGGGAUGAACUAGUGAGGACAACAGCACAAUAUGACCAGACAUCAACCAAGUGUACUGACUUGGAACAAAAACUGAAGAAAUUGACCGAAGAUUUGAGUUGUCAGCGACAAAAUGCCGAAAGUGUCAGAUGUUCUCUGGAACAGAAAAUUAAAGAAAAAGAAAAGGAGUUUCAAGAGGAGCUGUCUCGGCAGCAGCGGUCCCUCCAGACACUGGACCGAGAGUGCGCGCAGGCAACGGCCAGGCUGGGCCAGGAGCUGCGGCAGGCCCAGAGCGCCCAUGGUGCCCUGCAGGCUGAGCUGGACAAGGUCGUAUCAGUCAAGCAACAGCUAGAAAAAAGUUGGGAAGAGUCUAAGCAGAAGCUCAGCCGAAGUGAACAGGCGUUGCAGGCGAGUCAGGUCCAGGAGGAUGAGCUGAGGAGGAGCAGUGAGGACCUGAAGAAGGAGAACAACCUCCUUAAGAGUCAGUGUGAGCAAAAGGCCAGAGAAGUCUGCCACCUGGAGGAGGAACUCAAGAAAGUCAAGCAGUGUUUAAAUCAGAGCCAGAAUUUUGCAGAAGAUAUGAAAGCCAAGAAUACCUGUCAGGAAACCAUGUUACGAGAUCUUCGAGAAAAAAUAAAUCAGCAAGAGAACUCCUUGACUUUAGAGAAACUAAAGCGUGCCGUGGCUGAUCUGGAGAAGCAGCGAGAUUGUUCUCAAGACCUUUUGAAGAAAAGGGAACAUCACAUUGAACAACUGAAUGAAAAGUUAAGCAAGGUGGAGAAAGAGUCCAAAGCUUUACUGAGUGCUUUGGAAUUAAAAAAGAAAGAAUAUGAAGAAUUGAAAGAAGAGAAAGCUCUUUUUUCUAGUUGGAAAAGUGAAAAUGAAAAACUUUUAAGUCAGAUGGAAUCAGAAAAGGAGAGCUUGCAGAGUAAAAUUAAUCACUUGGAAGCUUGUCUCAAGAUGCAGCAAAUAAAAAGCCACGAAUACAAUGAGAGAGUAAGAACACUGGAGAUGGAAAGAGAAAACCUAAGCGUUGAGAUCAGAAACCUUCACAACGUGAUAGAUAGCAAGUCUGUGGAGGUGGAGACACAGAAGCAAGCUUAUGUAGAACUACAGCAGAAAGCCGAGUUCUCAGAUCAGAAACAUAAGAAGGAAAUAGAAAAUAUGUGCUUGAAAACUUCUCAGCUUACUGGACAAGUUGAUGAUCUAGAACACAGGCUUCAGUUACUGUCAAGUGAAAUAAUGGGCAAAGACCAGCGUUACCAAGAGUUGUGUGCUGAAUACGAGAGCCUCAGGGAUCUGCUAAAAUCCAAAGAUUCUUCUUUGGUGACAAAUGAGGAUCUUCAGAGAAGUCUUUUAGUUUUUGAGCAGCAGGCUGCUAUGAAUAAUUCCUUUGCAAAUAUAAAUGGAGAACAAGGAAGCAUGCCUUCAGAAAGAAAUGAAUGCCAUUUAGAAGCAGACCAAAGUCCAAAAAAUUCAGCUGUCUUACAAAAUGGAGUUCUUUCACUUGAAUUUUCAUUAGAAUCUCAAAAGCAGAUGAACUCUGAUCUGCAAAAACAGUGUGAAGAGUUGGUGCAAAUCAGAGGAGAAAUAGAAGAAAAUCUCAUUAAGGCAGAGCAGAUGCAUCAAAAUUUUGUGGCUGAAACAAGUCAACGCAUUAGUAAGUUACAGGAAGACACUUUUGUUCAUCAGAAUGUUGUUGCUGAAACUUUAGUUGCCCUUGAGAACAAGGAAAAAGAGUUGCAACUUUUGAAUGAAAAAUUAGAAACUGAGCAAGUAGAGAUUCGAGAAUUAAAAAAGAGCAACCAUCUACUUGAGGACUCCCUGAAGGAGCUACAACUUUUAUCUGAAACCCUGAGCUUAGAGAAAAAGGAAAUGAGUUCCAUCAUUUCUCUAACUAAAAAAGAAAUCGAAGAGCUGACCCAAGAGAAUGGGACUCUGAAGGAAAUUAAUGCAACCUUAAAUCAAGAGAAGAUGAACUUACUCCAAAAAAGUGAGAGUUUCUCAAACUGCAUAGAUGAAAGAGAGAAAAGCAUUUCAGAGUUAUCUGAUCAAUUCAAGGAAGAAAGAAUUAUUUUACUACGAAGAUGUGAAGAAGCCAGAAAUGCAUUUGAGGAUCUAAGUGAAAAAUACAAAGCAGCUCAAGAAAAGAACUCUAAAUUAGAAUGCUUGCUAAAUGAAUGCACUAGUGUUUGUGAAAAUAGAAAAAAUGAGUUGGAACAGCUAAAGGAUACAUUUGCAAAGGAACGCCAUGAAUUCUUAACGAAAUUAGCUUCCGCUGAAGAAAGAAACCAGAAUCUAAUGCUGGAGUUGGGGACAGUGCAGCAGGAUCUGAGAUCUGAGAUUACAGAUACUCAAAACAAUUCCAGGAGUGAGGCUGAUGGUUUAAAGCAAGAAAUCAUGACUUUAAAGGAAGAACAAAAUAAGAUGCAAAAGGAAGUUAAUGACUUGUUACGAGAGAAUGAGCAGCUGAUGAAGUUAAUGAAGACGAAACGCAAACAUCAAAAUCUAGAGUUGGAACCAAUUAGGGACUCUGUGAAAGAAAGAGAGAGUGAGAUAAAUAAACAAAAUUUCCAAUUUCAGAUGGAUCUUGAAGAUAAAGACAUUUCUCUAGACAGCUAUAAUGCACAAUUGGUACAAUUAGAAACUAUGCUAAGAAAUAUGGAAUUAAAACUUCGGGAGAGUGAGAAGGAGAAGGAGUUCCUGCAGCAUGAAUUACAGACAAUUAGAGGAGAAUUAGAAACUAGAAAUUUGCAACAAGACAAUCAAUUGGAAGAAAUGAGUGGCCUGAGAGACUGUGAAAUAGAUGCAGAAGGAAAGUAUAUUUCAGUGCUUCACGAGCUGUCAGCAAGUCAGAAUGACAAUGCACACCUGCAGUGCUCUCUACAGACAGCGAUAAACAAGCUGGACGAGCUAGAGAAAAUGUGUGAAAUACUGCAGGCUGAGAAGUUUGAACUAGUAUCUGAGCUGAACGAUUCAAGAUCAGAAUGCAUCACAGCAACUAGUAAAAUGGCAGAAGAGUUAGAUAAACUAGUAAAUAAAGUUAAAAUAUUAAACGAUGAAAAUGGUCUUCUGCAAGGUGAAUUAGUGAAAGAAAUGCCAGGUGAAUUUGGUGAACAACAAAACAAGAAGUUUGUGUCCUUGAAUCCUCUGGACGAUAGUAAUUCCUAUGAGCACUUGACACUGUCAAGCAAAGAGGUUCAAAUGCACUUUGCUGAAUUACAGGAGAAAUUCUCAUCUUUACAAAGUGAACACAGAAUUUUACAUGAUCAGCACUGUCAGGUGAGCUCUAAGAUGUCAGAGCUGCAGUCCUAUAUUGACACAUUAAAGGCUGAAAAUUCAGUCUUGUUAUUGAAUCUGAGAAAUUUUCAAGGUGGCGAGGUAAAGGGGGUGAAGCUGGAACCUGAGGAGGGACUCAUUCCAUCGCUGUCAUUCUCUUGUGUGACCGACAGCACUAGUUUUACAAGUUUGGUAGAGUCCUCUUUUUACAAAGAUCUUUUAGAACAGACAGGAGAAACAUCUUUUUUGAAUAAUUUAGAAGGGAGUGUUUCAGCAAACCAGUCUAAUGUAGAUGAAGUAUCUUGCAGCAGUCUGGAGGAGGAGAAUCUGACCAAGAAAGAAAUCCCAUCGGCUCCAGUGAGGAGUGUUGAAGAACUUGAGACCCUCUGUCAGGUGUACCUGCAGUCCCUCAAGAAUCUAGAAGAGAAAAUUGAAAGUCAAGGGAUUAUGAAAAAUAAGGAAAUUCAAGAGCUCGAACAGUUAUUGAGUUCUGAAAGGAAAGAGCUUGACUACCUCAGGAAGCAGUAUUUGUCAGAAAAUGAACAGUGGCAGCAGAAGCUGACAAGCGUGACUAUGGAGAUGGAGUCCAAGUUGGCAGCAGAAAAGAAACAGACGGAACACCUGUCACUUGAGCUGGAAGUAGCACGACUCCAGCUACAAGGUCUGGACUUAAGUUCUCGGUCUUUGCUUGGCGCUGACAUUGAAGAUGCUAUUCGGGGCCAAAACAAUAGCUGUGACAUAAAAGAAUCAGAAGAAUAUGCUUCAGAAACUGCAGAGAGAGCACCCAAGCAUGGCAUUCAUCAGAUUUGUGGUGAAGAUGUCCAGCAAGACCGCAGUCCAGAGACUGAGGAAAUAAGCGAGACUGGGGCAGUUGAACUUGUAAGAGAGCAGUCCUGGGAGCCCUCCUCAGAAACCAACUGUGAGGCUCCAGCAGAAGAUAAAACCCAGGGCCGUGCAGACUGCAUUUCUGAAUUGUCGUUUUCUGGUCCUAAUGCUUUGGUACCCGUGGAUUUUCUGGGGAAUCAGGUAGCCAUCCAGAGUCUCCAGCUGCAAAUGAAAGAGACAUCAAGUGAAAAUUUGAGAUUACUUCAUGUGAUAGAGGACCGUGAGAAAAGACUUGAGAGUUUGCUAAAUGAAAUAAAAGAGUUAGAUUCAAAACUCGACUUACAGGAAGUACAACUAACAACCAAGACAGAAGCCUGCAGAGAAUUGGAAAAAGUAGUUGAGGAACUUAAGAAAGAAAAUUCAGAUUUAAGUGAAAAAUUGCAAUCCUUUUCUUGUGGUAACCGGGAGUUAUACCAGAGAGUAGAAACUUUGGAAGGCCCCAAUUCACGAUUGGACACGGGCACAGAUAAAUCGUCACAUGGAGUUAUUGAAGAUAAUAUAGCCAAGGUGAAUGGCAACUGGAAGGAGAGAUUUCUUAAUGUGGAAAAUGAGCUGAACAGGAAAAAAUCAGAGAAUGCUAGCAUCGAACACCACAUCCUCUCUGGGGAGGCUGACUUAGCAACAGUUCAAGUGGAGGAGCUAAGUUUAGAGAAAGACAAUGAAAAUAAGCAGAACGUUAUUGUCUCUUUUGAAGAAGAACUCUGUGUGGUCACAAGGGAAAGAAACCGACUUCAUGGAGAGUUGGAUGCUGUGUCAAAACAAAACAAAGACCUGGACUGGAUGUCUGCAAAGAUGAGGGAGAAAAUACAAGAGCUGGAGUCUCAUCAAGGAGAGUGUCUCCGUCACGUUCGGGAGGUGGAGGCCGAGCUAAAGCAGAAAACAGGGCUCCUUCAGACUCUGUCCUCCCGGGUGAGCGAGCUGUCGAAAGAUAAAGCUCAUCUCCAGGAGCAGCUGCAGAGCCUGGAAGAGGACUCACAGGCUCUGUCUUUGGUAAAAUGUGAGCUGGAAAACCAGGUCCGACAACUGAGUAAAGAAAAAGAAUCACUUGUCAGGGAGGCUGAAAGCCUGCAGGCCAAGCUGAGUGAAUUGGAGCAGGAGAAGCAGAGCAUCGCCAGGGCCUUGGAGUCCACUCUCCUGGAGAAAGGCAAGUUUGUGGGGAGGCUGAGCUCCACACAGGAGGAAGCGCAGCAGCUGAGAAGAAGCAUAGAGAAACUGAGAGUCCGCAUCGAGGCCGAUGAGAAGCAGCAGCUCCAGGUCACAGAGAAACUGAAAGAAAGCGAACGUGAGAAGGAUUCGCUGAAGGAUAAAGUUGAGAACCUUGAAAGGGAAUUGCAGAUGGCAGAGGAAAACCAAGAGCUGGUGAUUCUUGAUGCCGAGAAUGCCAAAGCGGAGGUAGAGACCCUAAAAGUACAAAUAGAAGAGAUGGCCGAAAGCCUGAAACUUUUAGAAUUAGACCUUGUCACGGUGAGAUCUGAAAAAGAAAAUCUGACGAACCAACUACAGGACACACAAGGUCAAGUGUCGGAGCUAGACAUGUUGCUCUCUUCCUGUAAGAGUCUAUUAGAAGAAAAGGAGCAAGCGAAAAUACAGGUGGAAGAAGAAUCUAAAGCAGCAGUCGUGAUGCUUCAGAUGCAGUUGAGAGAACUAAAUGAGGAAGUGGCAGCCUUGUGUCACGACCAAGACGGCUGGAAGGCCGGAGGACAGAGUCGUGACCCAGUGGUGGAGGAAGUGCAUCAGCUGAGGCACAGCAUCAAGAAGCUGAAAGUCUGCAUAGAAGCUGAUGAAAAGCAGCAGCUUCAUGUUUUAGAACAACUGAAGGAAAGCGAGUGCCUUGCAGAUGUGCUGAAGGGUAGAAUUGAGAACCUUGAAAGAGAACUAGAGAUAUCAGGGAAAAACCAAGAGCACGCGGUUCUCCAGGCUGAGAAUUCCAGAGCGGAGGUAGAGAACCUGAAAGCAAAAACCAGAGAGAUGGCCCAGAACCUGAGAGAUCUGGAAUUAGACCUUGUUCAUAUAAGGUCCGAGAAAGAAAGUCUGACACAAGAAUUACAAAAAGAGCAAGAGCGAGUAUCUGAACUAGGAAUACUAAAGUCUUCAUUUGAAAAUCUUUUGCAAGAAAAAGAGCAAGAACAAGGACAGAUGAAAGAAGAAUCUAAAAUCGCGGUGGAGAUGCUUCAAACACAAGUAAAAGAGCUCAGUGAGGAAGUGGCAGCUCUGUAUAGUGACCAAGAGACCAGUAAGGCCAAAGAACAGAAUCUCAGUAGUCAACUAGGUUAUCUUGAACGUGAAAAGACUCAGUUGCUAGAAGGCCUUGAUGAGGCCAAAAAUGAUUAUAUUAUCUUGCAGUCUUCUGUGAAUGGCCUCAUUCAAGAAGUACAGGAUGGCAAAGUGAAACUAGAGAGGAAGGAAGAAGAAAUCAGCAGACUGAAACAUCAAAUCCAGGACCAGGAGCAGCUCGUCUCUAAACUGUCCCAGGUGGAAGGAGAGCAGCAACUUUGGGAGAAGCAAAAGAUAGAACUGGAAAAUCUGAUACUAGAAUUGGAGCAGAAGAUCCACAUGCUGCAAUCCGAAAAUGACACUUUGCAGGGCACCGUAGACGCCCUGCAGAAUUCUUACAAGGAUCUGGAGAAUGAGAUUGAACUGACAAAAGUGGAAAAAAUGUCUUUUGUUGAAAAAGUAAACACAAUGACCGCAAAGGAAACGGAACUGCAGCGAGAAGUGCAUGAGAUGGUGCAGAAAAUGACAGAGCUGGAAGAAUUAUUUAGUGGAGAGAAGAACAGGCUAACUGAAGAAUUAAAAGUGCUGUUGCAAGAAGUAGAGAGCAGCAAAGGUCAAUUGCAGGAGCUUAUGCUAGAAAAUAGUGAAUUGAAGAAGAGUCUGGAUUGUGCAUACAAAGACCAGGCAGAAAAGGAAAGGAAAGUGAGAGAAGAAAUAGCUGAGUAUCAGCUGCAGCUUCAGGAAGCCGAAAAGAAGCACCAGACUUUGCUUUUAGACACAAACAAACAGUAUGAAAUGGAAAUCCAGACAUAUCGAGAGAAACUGACUUCUAAAGAACAAUGUCUCAGCUCACAAAAGUUGGAGAUGGACCUCUUAAAGUCUAGUAAAGAAGAACUCAGUAACUCUUUGAAAGCUACCACUCAGAUUUUAGAAGAAUUGAAGAAAACCAAGAUGGACAAUCAAAAAUAUGUAAAUCAGCUGAAGAAGGAAAACGAACGCACCCAGGGGAAAAUAAAGUUGUUGAUCAAAUCCUGUAAACAGCUGGAAGAGGAAAAGGAAAUGUUGCAGAAAGAGCUGUCUCAACUUGAAGCUGCACAGGACAAGCAGAAAACAGGUGCUGUUGUGGAUGCUAACGUAGAUGAAUUAAUGACUGAGGUGAAAGAACUGAAAGAAACUCUCGAAGAAAAAACCAGGGAGGCAGAUGAAUACUUGGAUAAGUACUGUUCCCUGCUUAUAAGCCAUGAAAAGUUAGAGAAAGCUAAAGAGGUGUUAGAAACACAAGUUGCUCGUCUGAGUUCACAACUAUCUAAAAACGAUCUUCGAAGUUUUCCUUUGCUAAAUCCAGUUAUUCCUGGACCAUCUCCAAUCCCUUCUGUUACCGAAAAGAAGUUAUCAUCUGGCCAAAAUAAAGUUUCAGGCAAGAGGCAGAGGUCCAGUGGGAUUUUGGAGAAUGGUGGAGGACCAACACCUUCUACUCCAGAGACAUUUUCUAAAAAAAGUAGGAAAGCAGUCAAAAGUAGUAUUCACCCUGCAGAGGACAUAGAAGAUAAUGACCUUGAGCCAGAGGGACUUCCAGAAGUUGUAAAGAAAGGGUUUGCCGACAUCCCAACAGGAAAGACUAGUCCCUAUGUCUUGCGGAGAACAACCAUGGCCACUAGGACCAGCCCCCGGCUUGCUGCACAGAAGUUAGCACUUUCCCCUCUCAGUCUCAGCAAGGAAAAUCUCGGCAAAGAAAAUCUUGCAGAGUCCUCCAAACCAACAGCUGGUGGCAGCAGAUCACUAAAGGUCAAGGUUGCUCAAAAGAGCCCUGUGGAUUCAGGCACCACAUUCCGAGAACCCGCCACGAAAUCUCUCUCAGUCAAUAAGGUCCCCGAGGACAGCCCCAGAGAGGGCCUGCGAGCCAGGCGAGGCCCACUUUCCUGUAGCCCAGCAGCUGGACUUGAGCCCAAGGGCAGCGAGAACUGUAAGAUUCAGUGA